GUUUUGUACAUCGUCCUUCCAUACGCUGGCUCAAGAUGGAGUUUGAAAAUCCAGUCAGAAAACCCAUUCCACAGCAAACCCUCCUUAUCCGUGCACUCCGAUUCCGCACACCAUUCACACCUUUCGCGCAGCAGCUCACUCGCCUCCAGCACACUGGAUGGCGGCACGGGUGCUGGGACCAGCGGGUAUCGAUUCCCUCGAGAGCUCUGGCUUGCCUUGGGAGCACUGCCUGGACACGCGCAUGCUCCAGCAUGUUGCGGUGGCGAGGGCCAGCCUCUCGGAGACGGUCCACACCAUCGGCGGCAGCGGCAGCAGGCUGGCGUUGGGCCUGGUGAUCGCCAUGGGCGCGCUGGCCAUCGCCUGCAUUGGUAUCUUCUGCGCGGCGAGGCGGAUCGAGCAGGGGACCAAGGACUCGAAGAUAAGAGGGUCGAGGGCGGACUCCGUGGCGAGCGUCGGCUCCAGUUGGGCGUGGCGGAGGCGGCAGGACCGCGACGGCCCGCACGCUGCGCCCGCGGGCUCCGCGGACUCCGCGCCCGCGAGCUCCCGCCGGAGCGCGCGCGCCGGCGCGCCGGCAGCCCGGGACGCCCUCGGGCGCAGGGCCGGUGGCCACCUCUUCGUGCUGCCGGUGGGCGCACUGCUGGAUGCGGCGGAGGGGGGCAGCCUGAACAUCAGCGACACCUACAGCAGCAUGACGCUGGGGGCGGUAGCGUCGCGCGGCGAGGACGGCUCCCGGAAGCUGGAGCUUUUCUUGGGCCAGGAGGCCGUGAGGCAGUGCGCGAGCGCGGAGGCGCCGCCGCCUGGGCUGGCGGUCCGCCCCGACAGCUUCGUGCUGCGCGGCGCGAACGGGCAGCACCUGGGGAGCCUGGCCCUGCAGGGCGACGGGUCGUUUGCCGUGUCCAUCCGGGCACAGCCGCAGCUCACCAUCGACGGCAACGAGACGGACCUGAACUUCCGCGUCGCCUCGGGCGACGGCCGCGCGCUGGCCACGGUUUUGUGCAAGGAAGAGGUCCCGGGGGGCCCCGAGCACCUGUCCAUCCAGGUAUCGCCGGGCGCCGAUCCGGUCACCAUCGUAACCUGCACCCUCGCGAUCCUGCUCUUCGUCGGCGAGGGGUAGCGGGGGGAUACCGCAGUGGACGUUGCACGCCUCCUUGGGCGGGGUGGGGGUCACCAACGCGUGGCCCAUCCUUCUCAGAACUCUGGCUUCGCGAUUUUUUACACUGGAGGAGGGUCUGGACCCCUUACCCGAGACUGAGUUCUCAUCCCCGGCCGUUGUCCGACGGCCCCGGGCCUGGUGAGGGCCGGGGGCCUCAAACGGCCAAAUGUCACCCCCUUAGACUUCGGGUCCGACGUGUUUCGGGCGAAUUCGCAAGUAGGGCGGAAGUUGGCGGCCUACUUUUCAAGCAACUUUGAUGUAUAUUUUCGCCUACUUGCCGUCGUUGUUGUUUCCGCCAUGUCUGCACGGAAAUAUCCACCCUCUUUCUGUUGAGGGGGGCACGGCAGUUGGGAUGGUGGGAUCUCCGCGUAUUCUAUGCACUUGAUUUGCUUGCGCUCGCCGUAUCCAGCUCGAGCACACAUGCCGAUUUUCGACGGCCUGAAUGCAUGGUGUUGGCCUGGUGCGACCGAAGGGCGACCGAAUUGCGGGACGCCCUAUCCUGACGGGCCAGGGGUCAAAGUUGGCUAUCGCGGCAGUGGGAGGACAGCUGGAA